GGCUAGACAGUCAAGCAAAACUCUAUCGCCGUUGGAUCUGGCAUCGGAGAAAAUCGCAUCGACGGUCGAAAAUCCGUAUACAGGAGGUCAGGAGCUGAAAUUGGCGGCGCGUUCAUGUCGAAGACCUGGUGCGACGAGAGGCCGAAAUGAGCUAGCCGUAUACAGAGGGCUUGGAGCAUUAGGCCUUCACGGCCGACACCGUAGAGGAACACCCGGGCCUUCCGGGCGGCGCGUGAGGUCGCGUGAGGUCGCUUGAUGGUGACUCUCUCGGUUGCAACUCAUCGUCUUUAAACUAACGAAAUUAAGGGGUUUUAGCUCUAUGUGAUGUGCUUCUGGUGCAGUCGUUUUGAAUUAUCCUGUGGUAUCAUGCCACGUGUGAUUAGUAUUAAUAAUAUAUUUAAUAUGCAGCAUAAGGUAUAUUAUGUAAGUAAUACUAAAAUAAUCAUAUUCUUUACUUUAUGUUAUAAAAAAUGUGACAUAUUGUUGAUCGUUUAAAAUUGUAAUUAAUUUUAGCUCAAGUAAAAAGUUAUAAGUUUCGAAUUAUAUUUAUUUAUUUAGAAAUAAGGAAUCAAACGACAUACCCUAUGGCCAAAUUGGCGGGGGCAAUAUCGGUAUUGGGAGAAGAGAACGUUGCUUUGCAAUUGCGGCAAUCGGGAGAAAUCGAGACAGAGCGUCCUCUAGAAGGGUAGUUCUAUAAUUCUUGGACGGAAAAACAGAGCUCCGGUUAUUUUCAGGCGGUGAGAGCUCGUAUUUGCUGCACUGGAAGGGGAAGGCCGUACACUAGCGGCAGUUCUUUCAGUAAUCCUUUCAUUCCAAGAAAUAAAUUGGCCAAAGGAGGUUUGAAGUUAUGAAGUUUGGCCCCAAGAGUUAAGAGAAACUAAUAUCCGAGCAACUGAAAAGAUACAAUGUUCUCUUUAUUUUAUGGCCUCUGGAAGUACAUAUUUAGUAAGACAGAGUUUCAUGUUCUCAUCCUAGGAAUUGACAAGGCGGGGAAAACAACUUUGCUUGAGAAGUUGAAGUCCUUAUUCUCGAACUUAGAAGGUCUCUCCCCCGAUCGGAUUGUGCCAACCGUUGGACUCAAUAUUGGGCGGCUCGAGGUGUUGAAUGCAAAACUUGUCUUCUGGGAUCUGGGAGGUCAGCCUGGCCUUCGGUCUAUUUGGGAAAAAUAUUAUGAAGAGGCACAUGCUGUGAUCUAUGUAAUUGAUGCUGCUUGUCCAUCAAAAUUCGAAGAUUCCAAAUCUGCAAUGGAGAAAGUUCUUCGACACGAGGAUUUGCAAGGAGCUCCACUUUUGGUUUUCGCAAACAAGCAGGAUCUUCCUGAAGCUGUAUCAGCCGAAGAACUUUCUCGUUAUCUUGAUCUUAAAAAACUGGAUGAAAGAGUCUGCAUGUUUGAAGCUGUUUCUGGCUAUGAUGGGAUGGGGAUAAAGGAAAGUGUUGAAUGGUUGGUGGAUAUAAUGGAAAGAAGUAAGAGAACCGAAAUAUUGAGAGCUCGAGCAGGUGGGGCUGCUCUCAAUUCUGCUUAGGUGUUAGAGGCCCCUAAUUCGUUUUACAUCCUCCUGUCAGAGAGCGUCAGCACAAUCUGGCUUCCUGUUAUCUACCUUUACUGCAAAAUGAAACAUAAUCUUGAUUCAAGAGCUAGUUGGUAGCUUUAGAAUUCCCACUGAAACUGUGAGUGUUUUCAUAGGCAUUCUUGGUUGAUGACCAUAUUAUUUCAUACAAGUGGUCUGAAUUUUGUCAUCAUUAAGUCUUAUAAAGUUGUUACAUUUUGAAGCU